AUGGUUGAAGAAGAUAGCAAAGAUUAAAAUGUUUUUAUUUAUAAGCUUUUCUUCAUGAAUAAUUAAAACCCAAUGGAUUAUGUUAAAAAUCAGAAUUUUAUAAUUUUAUAUAAAAAAAGCAAAAUAAUUAUAAAAAAUUUAUAAGUACAUCAAGCCAAAAUGAAAAUAAAAAUGCAAGCUAUAUAGACAAUUAAGAUUUAAUUUUAUUUACAAAAAUAUAUAUUUUGUAUGUUAGUUAAUGUAAUUUUACUUUAUUUUAUAUUUUGGUGUAUUUAUUUUAUUAUUUAGGUUUCUUUCUUUAAAUUUAAUUUUUCAGUUAAACUUUUUUUUUUUUUAAUUUUCUUUUUUUUUUCUUAUUUUUUCUUAAUUUUUUAAUGUGUUAAUUUUAUUUGGAGAUAUUUAAGAUAUUAAUUGAGUUUUUAUAUGAAAAGGAUUAGAAAGCUAGAGUUAGAAGUUAUAAUUGAAAAGAGAGAAAUAUGA